AUGAAAUCCCUCUUUCGUAAGAUUCGCACCGACGUGGGCACAGUCAAGGAAGCAUUCAAGGAGGGUUGGUCUCAAGGCCGAGAGCACAACGGAGCAAGGAAGGCGAUCGCUGCUUGCGUCGACCAAUCUCUUUGCUUCAUGUGCCGGCAUUUCAUAGUCGACUUCCUGAGCAAGAGUGUAUGGGCCUUUGAUGGACGACUCCCCGGCUGGAAGAGAGUCGAAGACCAGCUCGACUACACUUUCACCACUUCCUACCCGAUUCUGUUUUCCGAUGAUCUAUCAACUACCAAGUGCGAGCUCUGUCGGAUGCUGGUUCACGGUUGGCGACAAACCGAGGCCAUCGAUGAGGGCAGGGACUCCAGCCUCCCUUACUCGAAGGAGAUGCUGUCGAUGGAGCUAAAGCAAAAGAUGUAUCUCGACAUCCGCUACAUACCGUCGGUUGAGUUCCACGCAAUAUCUCGGUUUUCCCGACGUGGUCCUGGCUUCCGAUUCAGCUCGGACGCUCACGGCACAAAGUGGCUUGAUGAAUGGCUGGACAACGCUGACAUUGCGCUCAGGAGCGGGUAUUCGGUCGACGUCGAGGGACGUAAAACACGCCACACCAUGGCAAACCAUCAAAGCGCUACUGCAGAAGCCGCUUCGAUCGCUGCCUCUGACAGCACUUCCGAGUUCCUCGAACAAAAUUUCAUCACGGCGCCGCGACUUCUGCCUGAUCUGGAUUCACCUGAAGUCCUUGGUCUCGUCAAGAGCUGGGCUGAUGAGUGUACAUCCUCGCACGAACAGUGUAUGCGUCGAGACAAGCUUCCGACCAGGGUUGUUGAUGUCGGAGACGGUAGGCACCCGCCCAGACUGUACCUUUCUCAAGGAGAAAUCAAGCCAUACACUGCCUUGAGCUACUGUUGGGGUCGGAAGCAGAGCACUGUUCUGCGCAGGGAAAACUGCGAGAACUUUCAAUUGGCGAUCCCAGAUGACGCAUUGCCCAAGACCAUCAGCGAUGCAAUAAAGAUAACCCGAGCGAUCGGUGUUCGCUAUAUCUGGAUCGAUGCACUCUGCAUCAUUCAAGACGACGCAGACGACUGGCAGCGUGAAUCGGUGCAGAUGGGCGAAAUCUACGCCGGAAGCCAUGUUACUAUAGCUGGUGCCGAAGCCAUCAGCCGCCACACUGGUCUGUUCGAGCCUCGUGCGGUGCGCAUCUCGUCGAAGCCUUUUCCCUGUGGCUCACACAUGUACAUCACACGCUCUGAGCCGGACAGCUUCCUCAAGCGAACCGAACUCCACGUUCUCCAGCACCGUGGCUGGGCAUUGCAGGAGCAGCUGCUGUCUACGGCGGUCGUGCACUUCACCGCGGAUGCACUCAUGUGGGAGUGUCGUCAGAAGGGCUGUCUCGAAGAUAAUGGUGGAAAGGACGGCACGUUCGCUAUCCAUCCGACGCUGAAAGCCUUCCAGCUGUCGACCCUCGAGAAGCUCCCAGAGUCUGCCUCCAAGAGUCUUUGGUAUCACAUUAUUCAGAACUAUACCGAGCGCAGACUCACUCGCGAAACCGAUCGGCUGAUCGCCCUGGCGGGCCUGGCAAGCAUGUGCCAGACCGAAAAGUGGCAGCAAGGCUGCUAUCUAGCUGGAUUGUGGGAGGGUGACCUUCCCGCUGCCCUUCUCUGGGCUAGGGCGCGGGAAGGCAUCGACGACAACGUCACGCGACUGUCUGUCCCCUCUUGGUCAUGGGCGAGCCUCAACCUGCCAGAUAAGGUCAUGUGGCCGGGUGCGUUUCAGCAUGGGAUUCCUGCUUUGGCCGGACCUUACGACAGCCGACUAGAGUCUUUCCAGUACGGUGGUGGACGGGACAAUACACUCGCCCAUGCACAGGCUGCUCUUUGUCUAGUGGCUUACAUACAAGAACUCACACCUUCGCUCGUGGAUGAACUUUGGCCAGAUCGGAAAAGGCACGCCGGAGAAACGCAGGAUUUUCAAGAUAAACCGAUCAGAGACGUACUCAGCAGGCUCUGGCCUGUAUGGCGAGUGAAUUCGAACGGAUGGCAUGAUGACUAUCUAAAUCCCGACGAGUCACCGCCUGUGACUUGCCAGUUCCUGAUGGACCAUCCAUGGGACCCUAACGACAGACGGCGGAAAUUGUAUCUGGCCAGAAUAUGCUCGUGGGCCGUUCCGUCCCCUGAAAAUCGAAGCUGUGCAAAGGUCUUCUACCGAAGCAAUGCGAUAUGCGAAUCCCGCACCACCGGCACCUUGGACGGCGGUCUGCCAACCUCUAGGUGGCAGUCAAGCAGAAUCUUUGGCGGAGGUACGCCAUAA